AUUUUUUUUCCUUCCCUUUCUUUUGACCAUUGCUCAAGGAUUGGAGCGAGGAAUGCGAAUGCACUAGCCCAUUUGAGGCGAUGUGCCGUUCCAACUAUCUCGCACUAGUACCGGAGCUUUUAAUGAAAAGCCAGCGAAAAACGCUAGUUCAUUAAUUUCCUGUACUUCUUGUCAACAACGAUGUGUCCUGCUCGACGUCUCAUGGUCUUCUUUAUCUUUUUGCACCCAAAUAGGACAAAGUUCGACGCUACCCACUUCAAGGUCUCCGUCUAUGCAUUCUUCUUGGUUGCCACUGUCUGCACUUCUCUAUCGGCCAUCUGGCAAUCGUUAUGCCCGUUUCUGGUUCGCCAGAGUCAACGGGCGUUCCUGCCACGCGUUAUCAACCACCCUGCCACCCAGACUGCGACCAUCUGCAUCUCCGUCAUUCUGACGAUCCUCAACUUCUUCAGCUGGAUUGUCCUCGCAUCCGACACGGACGCUGGCGCCAAGACAAACUGUCAAACGGGCCCACUCUCAAAUCAGCCUGGCUAUGUGGCUCAGUGCCGAGGCGUUAAUGUUGCGAUUGUGCUCGACGUUAUCGUGUUCAUCCUCUGGAUCCCUAUCUCCCUGGUUAUUGUCUGCGGCACAGUCGAGCGUGGAUUGUGGUGGUGGGGUGAGGACGAUGGCUGGGCGCAAGGAGAGGCUAUUGUCGGAGGCUCGAACAUGAUGUCCGAAGAGGAGUUUGAUUUAAAGAUUGGACUCGGCGGAAGCAAGCAUAUCAAGCGUCGUCAGACUGUUCAUCCCGAUAAUCUGACGCAGCAGGAACAGCGUCUACAGGAUAUGGUGAUGAUCCAGCAGCCCAAGCCAGCGUUUGUCACGCCAAUUGCUUCACAGUUCCGCUCUUCAACAUUUGGUCUGGAAGGUGGGGCUGAUGGAAAUGACGACGACGACCUCAACUUCACACCCUCGAGUUACAGGAGGCAUCAUCAGCAACGCCGGCAGCCAAGGCAAUUGACUCGUCAGGCAUCGAACACGUCGCUGUCGAGCCGACUCUCAUCAUUCUUUGGAGCGGGAUGGAAUAAUGGCACGAUGCCACUACCAGAAGCACAGCCUCCGAUGCCCGACUUGCCACCACAGUAUCGUAUGGAGAACGCGGCGCUGUCACGGAACAACGAUAUCAAGAAGGGUCCAUCCCAACCACAGCAGCAACAACAGAAGCAGCAGUCGAUGCGCAAGAAGGAGGAGCCGAAACAGGAGGCUGAGCCAGAAUCAGAGCCAGCUGGACUGUUGCAUGGCGAUGAGUACACCUCUCAAUGGCAUUCGCGUCGUUAUGAUGACUGGUCUUGAAAGGAUAGAUUGAAGGUUCGAUGGAGAGGAGUUUCCUAUAUAUUUACAGGGCAGACUCAAUCGUCUCCACUUCAUAAUAUACUAUAUGUUUAAUCUCGAAAACGAAGCAAGCGAACA